AUGGCGGACUAUCAGCAAGGACGAUCGAAUGGUGGCCGACCAAAUGAAUACGGACAUGCUUCGGACUAUCAGCGUCAAACCGCUUUCUCAAAUAUCUUUGGUGCAGCCCCUCCUCCCGGCCGAUCGCAGACCAUGACUUCAUCUACGUCUCCUCCAGUUAUGCCUCAAGGUCGCACGCAAACGAUGUCUUCGCAGAUGCCAGGAAUGCAAGGUGAGAUGCCUCCUAGACAGCCUCCGGGCCAGGGCGGAUACCGGCCUACACCAGGGAAUAAUAUGCCGAACGGAGGAGGUGGAAUGGCCAAUGGCUAUUAUCAAGGACAACGACAAGCACCCCCUGGACAAGUACCGUCUCAACCACAACCUCAUUCUUUACCACAGCAGGUUCGUAGCGAUCGAAGACCAUACCCUACUCCUCAGCGCAUCUCGCCCCAACAGCAAUUUCCUCCCAGACCCCCGCAACAACGAUAUCACUCUGGUAACGCCCCAGCACUCGCCUCCGACCCUUAUCGCUCUCAAUCGAUGGCGAAUAUACCCAGACCACAGAUGCAUCAAUCGCCACCUGGCACCUUCAAUCAAGCUCCUGCCAACGCCUUUCGGCAAGCCCAAUACCAACCACCAGCUUCAAGAACAACCGCCCUCGGGCGCAACAUACCUGAGAGACCUGACGAGCGCACAAUGUCAUUGACCAGCUAUCCGCAAGAUCGUGACCAGCAUCAAACCAUGAGUGGACGAGUUAUUCCCACUAGACGAACCUCGGGGAACGUGCCGCAGGAGUUACCGGCAACACCUUUCCCAAUUCCCCCGCCUGCUCCGGCAACUGCAACACGAACUACUAGCAUGUCUUCUACUGUUGCGCCGGAUAUGAGUCGUUCGAUGUCUAUGGCUUCAACGAUUGUCCCACCAGAGCAAUCAGACGUCCUGACCCAUCGCCCUUCGGCAAAAUCAAUUAGCAGCACAGCUGGAGGAUCAUCCCGACACAAAGCUCCUCUUGUAUAUCCUGCACUGUUGUCGCGCGUCGGCGAUUGCUUUAGAGAAAAAAUCAAUGUCGGCGACAGAACGAAGAAUGAUCUUACAUACAAGAAUGCUUUCAGUGGAGCAGAGGCGGUGGACAUUAUUUCAUACAUCAUCAAGACUACCGAUAGGAAUCUUGCUUUGUUACUUGGACGAGCUCUUGACGCCCAGAAAUUUUUUCAUGAUGUGACUUACGAUCAUCGGUUACGUGAUGCCGCUACAGAGAUGUAUCAAUUUCGAGAAACAAUGAUGGACGAGCCUCAUGAAGCACCAGAAGUUAAUGGCGUGUUCGUUUUACUUACUGAAUGUUACUCCCCGACGUGCACUAGGGAUCAGUUGUGCUAUUCGAUUGCUUGCCCUCGUAGACUUGAACAACAAUCUCGAUUAAACCUGAAGCCACAGCCUGGUCUUCGUCGCGAAAAGUCUGAAGCAAGUUUGCAUGAUGUCGACGAACCCGACGAGCAAAAACUCUGGAUCAACACAGUAUCUCAAGAAAUUGCGGACAGUGUUGGGGAGCGAGAGAAGAAACGCCAAGAGGUCAUUUCGGAGAUAAUGUAUACUGAAAGGGAUUUUGUAAAGGAUCUUGAAUACUUACGCGAUUUCUGGAUCCUCCCAUUACGUUCAUCUAACCAGCUUGCUCCAUCACCCAUUCCAGAAGCUCGAAAGGAGAGGAUAGUCAGGACCAUAUUCUCAAAUAUCGUUGACCCGCCUAGUAUUCAUGGUGUCAGUUCUCGUUUUGCCGAGUCCCUCACAGAAAGACAGCGGAAGCAUCCUGUUGUUCAAUGUGUAGGUGAUAUAUUCCUCGAGUUUGUUCCUCAGUUUGAGCCUUUCAUCAUAUACGGAUCGAACCAACUAGCGGGGAAAUUCGAAUUUGAGAACGAGCGAUCCUUGAAUCCCUCGUUCUCUAAAUUUGUGGAUGAGACGGAGCGGCGAAAAGAGUCACGAAAGCUUGAACUGAAUGGUUAUUUAACGAAGCCGACAACAAGACUUGCUCGUUAUCCACUCUUGCUAGAUAACGUUCUUAAGUACACCGACGAUGGGAACAAAGACAAGGAAGAUGUUCCGAAAGCCAUGAAAAUGAUUCGUGAACUACUCACCAGGGUCAAUGCCGAAUCCGGCAAAGCUGAGAACCGCUUCAAUUUGAAACGAUUGCAUGAACAGCUUCGCUUUAGGCCUAAUGAGCGUGUAGAUCUAAAGCUUACCGAUGAAAACAGAGAGCUCAUACACAAGGGACCCUUAAAGAAGACACCGACAGAUCCAACUGACAUCCAGGCCUACCUUUUCGAUCAUGCUGUUCUUCUCGUACGUGUCAAGACGGUGGGAAAGAAAGAGGAAAUCAAAGUAUAUCGCCGUCCAAUUCCUCUGGAACUAUUGUCCAUUCGCGAAAUGGAGGAGUUUAUGCCUAAACUUGGGGUCGUGAAACGUCCAUCAUCAAGUCUGAUUCCCACUAAAACUCCUACAAGUGACAAUAGUAAGAAGGAAGGGUUCCCCAUAAGCUUUAGACAUCUCGGUAAAGGCGGGUACGAACUGACACUGUUUGCAAACAGCUCAGUGAUGAGGAACAAGUGGAUGGAACAUAUAGGUGAACAGCAAGCCAUAUUACGGAAGCGAGGCGAUUUUUACAACAAAUCUAUCAUUUCUAGUAACUUCUUCACAACCGCAAACCGGGUCAACUGCGUGGCACCAUUCGAUGGUGGCCGUAAAUUGAUAUACGGCACGGAUUCGGGCAUCUUCGUUUCUGAUCGCAAAUCAAAAGAUUCUGCCGCAAAACCACUUCGAGUACUGGAUGCUACGAGUGUCACACAAAUUGAUGUUCUCGAGGAAUACAAUCUUCUGCUGGUUUUAUCAAAUAAAUCUUUGCAGUCUUAUCCUCUUUCUGCGCUGAAUCCGAAUGAACCUGCACUUUCAAAACGCCCCAAAAAGAUACAAAGUCAUUGUAACUUCUUCCGCACAGGGAUAUGCUUAGGUCGCCACCUUGUGUGCUGUGUUAAAUCUUCGGCUUUGUCAACUACCAUCAAAGUAUUCGAACCUAAUGACGCGAUGUCAAAGGGGAAGAAGCAAAAAGGAUUCAAGAUGUUCAGCAAUGGUCAAGACGAAUUAAAGGCAUUCAAAGAGUUCUACAUUCCAACAGAAUCUUCGUCGAUACAUUUCCUCAAAUCAAAGCUUUGUGUGGCUUGUGCACGUGGAUUUGAAGUAGUAUCUUUAGAGACCCUAGAGACUCAAUCACUCCUGGAUCAGGCUGAUACAUCUCUGGACUUUGUUGCUCGAAAAGAGAAUGUGCGACCAAUACAUAUCGAGCGAUUGAACGGAGAAUUUCUUCUCAACUACUCAGAAUUUUCCUUCUUUGUCAACCGUAAUGGUUGGCGAGCUAGACCUGACUGGAGAAUUGAUUGGGAGGGACAACCACAAAGCUUUGCACUUUCCUACCCUUGGAUACUCGCCUUCGAACCGAACUUUAUUGAGAUCAGGAAUAUCGAGACUAACGCGGUUCAUAUCGUUCCUCAUAAGAGCAUUCGUAUGCUACAUACAAGCACUCGAGAGAUCAUAUAUGCUUAUGAGGAUGAACGAGGAGAGGACAUUGUUGCGGCCAUCGACUUUUGGCCAGCUGGACGUAAGCCAGAAGCACAACCGACCUCUAACGGUGGUGAGUUUCGUGAUGGUGGGCAUCCCCCAACAUCCUCGCGGUAUUAA